GGCGGUCCAUUCGAAGGAAAGAGGAAGAGCAACCAGGAAGAGCGCUCGCAGCGAAGUCCCGCCUCCACUUCCGGGAACAAACAGAACAGAGGCGCCCUAAUUGAUUCGGCCGCGGACUGGCUCGGACCCAGGAGCCCGGCGGAGGAAGGAAGGGAGGAAGGAGGCGCCGCCCGAGAAGACAUGAGGCCCCGCGGAGCAGCCCCUGGAGGGAUGAGCCGAAGGGGACUCCGGGAAAGGAGGCCGCCUGGAGGGAGAAGCGGGGAGCAGGAAACAGGCGGAGGGUCCUUCAGAAGAGGCGAGAGACUCGGAAAACGCCACAGAAUCCAGGAGGGAGGAAAGAAAUAUCAGUGCCCGGAAUGUGGAAAAUCCUCCAAAUCAAAUGAAGCUCUUAAAAAACAUCGAAGGAUCCACACUGGACAGACACCGUAUGGAUGCCCGGAGUGUGAAAAGAGCUUCAGUUGCAAGAGCAGCCUUUAUGCACACCAAACAAUGCACACUGGAGAGAAACUGCAUAAAUGCCUGGAGUGUGGAAAGAGCUUCAGUUGGAGGGGCAGCCUUUAUAAACAUCAAAGACUUCAUGCAGGAGAAAAACCAUAUAAAUGCCUGGAGUGUGGAAAGUGCUUCAAUGUGAGGGGAAGUCUUUAUAGACAUGAAAGAAUCCACACAGAAGAGAAACCAUUUAAAUGCCUGGACUGUGGAAAGACCUUCGCUCGGAGCGGCACCCUUUAUAAACACCAAAGAAUCCACACAGGAGAAAAACCACAUAACUGCUUGGAGUGUGGAAGGCGCUUCAGCCAGGCGGGACACCUUGGUAGACAUCAAAAAAUCCACUCAGGAGAAAAACCAUUUAAAUGCCUGGAGUGUGAAAAGAGUUUUAAUACUAGAGGAAAUCUCAAGAGACAUCAAAUGUUUCACACUGGUGAAAAACCAUACGAAUGCUUGGAGUGUGGAAAGAAAUUUACUCUGGGUGAACAGCUUCGUAGACAUCAAUGGGUUCACAGAGGAGAAAAACCAUAUAAAUGUCCGGUAUGUGAAAAGAGCUUCAGUUGGAAAUGCAGCUUUUAUAGACAUCAAAGAAUCCACUCAGGAAAAAUACGAUAUAAAUGCCUGCAGUGUGGAAAGAGCUUCACACAGAACAUCAACCUUAAUGAACAUCAAAAAAUCCACUCAAGAGAGAAACAACUGUAUCAAUGCCUGGAGUGUGGAAAGAGCUUCAGUCAGAAGAGCAAUGUUGAUAGACAUCAAAUAAUCCACUCAGGAGAGAAACAACUGUAUAAAUGCCUGGAGUGUGGAAAAAGCUUCAGUCAGAAGAGCAAUGUUUAUAGACAUCAAAUAAUCCACUCAGGAGAAAAGCCAUUUAAAUGCCUGGAGUGUGGAAAGAGUUUCAAUACUAGAGGAAGUCUCAAUAGACAUCAAAGGAUUCACACGGGAGAAAAACCAUAUGAAUGCUUGGAGUGUGAAAAGAGCUUUACUCUGGGUGAAGAGCUCCGUAGACAUCAAAAGAUUCAUGCAGGAGAAAAACCAUACAAAUGCCUGAAGUGUGGAAAGAGCUUCAAUGAGAGCUGCAGCCUUGAUAAACAUCAAAGAAUCCACUCAGAAGAAAAACCUUAUGAGUGCCUGCAGUGUGGAAAGGGCUUCAUUUGGAAGAGCAGCCUUUAUAAACAUCAAAAAAUCCACUAAAGAGAAAAACUGGAGUGUGGAAAGAACUUUAUUUGAUGGUGGAAACCUCCCUAAACAAGAAAGGAUCCACACUGGAGAAAAACCUUAUAAAUGGCUGGAGUGUGGAAAGAGCUCUAGUUAGAAUGGAAAACUUUAGAAACAUUAAAAAAAAUCACUUAGGAAUGAAGCCCUAAAAAGGCCUAGAAUGUGGAAUGAGCCUCGGUGAGAUGAGCAACUUUUAUCUACAUCAAAGAAUCCAUUCAGGAGAGAAAUUGCUUAUAGGUAGUCCCUGAGGUACGAACCUAAGGGCCAAGCCUGGCCACUUGGUUCGUAAGUCAAAAAAGUCAUCAAAUGAAUCAGACUCAAUUUUACAAAUUUUUAAAAUUACAUUCAUUAAUUAACUCAAAUGGCUUGUUAAAUGAACGAAGAUCUGACUUACUGUUUCCUGGUAUAGCUGUCAUGUUAACUGAAGUGGGAGGGUUUCCGGCCAACCACCUAUCAGCUGUUUCUGGUGCGCUCAGGAACUAAAUUGCCUCCAAUUUAGCUUGGAGCCAUUGCAGUUACUUUAAAAAAAAAAACACCUGCUGCUAGCCAGCUCAGGAUUCUUUAAGUAACUGCCCAGAGAGGGGAGGGGGGUAGAGCUGUUGCUUUAAAAACAAACUUCUCACUAAUUCACCUAAGACAGUGGUUCUCAACCUGUGGGUCGAGACCCCAUUUGGGGUCGAACGACCAUUUCACGGGGGUCGCCAAACAACGCAGUCCGCCAUUUUUUUCCCCGCUUUUCCUUAGCUGUGCUACUCC